AUGGCAGACGCAGACGACUACCUCCAGGACGGCUUCGACCCGCGCAGCGUCACCGUGCCUCGCCUGCGCUCGAUCCUCGUCACGCAUAACGUCGAGUAUCCCGCGACCGCCAAGAAGCCGCAGCUGGUCGAGCUCGUCGAGAACCACGUCCUGCCGCAGGUCGCGAAGCUGCGCGCCCAGCGCGCCAAGGCGAAGCGGUCCAGCUCGGGCAUCGUCAACGCCGGCAGCGCCGAGGACAACGGCCGAUGGGAGGACCACGGCCUGGAGCCCACGCCCGCCAAGCCGCGUCGCUCGGCGUCGCCCCGAAAGGCAUCGGCUCGCAUUAAGAGGGAGGACGAUGACGGGGCCGCGCCGACGCCCACGCCCUACAAGAGCCAGACGAAGCGCAGCGCGCGAUCCGUCAGCCGGUCCAGUCGCCAGCCGUCCCACUAUGACGAGGACGAAGCGCCGCAGUACGAGGCGCCCAGGUCGACGCGCCGCUCGCGCUCUCGGAGAUCAACCACGCCCAAGGUCAAGGACGAGCCGCAAGCGGAGGAGGAGACGCCCAUGUCUUCUCAUUACGCGCCUACGCCUUAUUCUGCGGCAACGCAAUAUGCUACGGCUCAGAACACUCCAUAUGCUGCUGCUACUCCUUAUGGUGCCACGCCCUACUAUCCCGCGCACCAGAGUCCCAUUGUUCCAUCCUCUGCCACCUACGAGGAAGAAGAAAGCGUCUUCACCGACGAUAACCCGUUUCAGAGGGGCUCUCCCGCUCUCAAGACUCCUAGCCGGCGACGAUUUGACGACUUCGCUAGAGGCGAAAGGCCCAGUCGACGACGGGAAGAGUAUAUCGAGCCUCUCUCCAUCCCACGGCCGUCUACCGCUGCGAGGCCAUCAUACGAACUCUCUGCUCGUAAGCCGAGGCACGAGUCGCCUGAUUACUCAUUAGACGCCGGCGAGGAAUUCACCCCCGACGCGCAGCUGGAGUUGGAGGAGGCACAGCGGAGGGGCGAGACCACCAUUGUGCCUAAAAGGCAAAAGCCUCCCCGCCAGACGAACCUCAAGACACCAUUCUUCGUCCUCUUCAUGUCUCUACUGGGCGUCUACCUGGCGUGGUAUCGGCAGGAGAAGAUUGCUGUUGGCUACUGCGGUCUCGGCCGGCCAGCAACGCAAAUCAUCCCGCCCGAACUUCCCGUCCCCGAUGUCCUCGUUCCAUUUGUCGAACCUCAGUGCGAGCCAUGCCCUGCACAUGCCUAUUGCUACGAGGACUUUUCCGUCCGCUGCCACAGCGACUUUGUUCUCAAGCCUCACCCCUUGUCCUUUGGUGGCCUUGUGCCGCUUCCCCCGACGUGCGAGCCAGACGGCGAAAAGGCGCGGCGCGUCCAGGCUGUUGCCGACAAGGCCAUUGAGGAGCUGAGACAGCGUCGCGCCAAGUACGAAUGCGGUGAACUCGUCGACGACUCCGGCGCCACGGUCGAGUCCCCCGCCAUCGGCGAAGAGGAGCUCAAGUCAUCCGUUAGCAGGAAGCGCAGCAAGAGGCUCAACAGCGAUGAAUUCGAAGACCUCUGGGUGGCCGCCAUUGGCGAAAUCACCUCCCGCGAUGAAGUGGUCGUGGAAAUGGUAACAACUUCAUCGCCCGGUGGCCCCGAUAUUUCAAACCGCAAGCUUUCGUCCAGCUCUCUCGCUCGCCUUCCGCUCGCCUGCGCGCUCAAGCGCUCCGUCCGCCUCGGGCUGGCAAGAUAUCGAUUCCCAAUUGGACUUUUAAUGUCCGUCGUGCUCGCGGUCCUGUACCUGCGCGCCCGCUACCGCCAGCACCGGAUGGACGCGGCGCAGGUCCCGGCGCUCGUCGACCUGGUGCUGGAGAGGCUGGCGAACCAGAAGGAGCUGGGCGAGGAGGAUCUGGAUGACCCCUGGUUGUUUUUGCCCAACUUGAGGGAUGACGUGCUUCGCUCCGUGCACAAAGUGGCUGAGCGGGAGAGGAUUUGGCAGAGGGUCAAGAAGGUCGUUGAGCAGAACAGCAAUGUCCGUACGGGCCAGCGAGAGGGCCGGAGCGGCGAGGUUGGUCGAGCGUGGGAGUGGAUCGGGCCUAUUCACGGUGGUAGCGUCAGGAGGAGACGUGCCAGCGGCAGGUGGACGCGGGAUGAGAUUGCUGAUUCCCCUGAAUCAAGGCCUGCUACGGAGACUAAGAAGUGGACUGAGUCGAGGCCGAUUUUCUAA